AUGCGCGGCGAGGUCAAGGCAACAGGUGAAUACACUGUCGAGUAUGCCUUCCACGAGUACGGAGACCUCGGCAUACAAUUGGAGUUCGCUACGAACGGGGACGUGUUUGUUCGUAAUGUGGAACCUGUCAUGGGACUUGUCGAGAAGGCCAACCCCGACUUGCACCAAGGCGAUGUCUUGGUAUCGAUUAACGAUACAUCCACGCUGGGCAUGGCGUUUUCCGACGUCAUGCAGCUCCUGCGCGAUACAAUCCGCAAACGCAUAGAGACGUCGCUCACAUUUGUUCCAUUGGAAGAUUCGUUUGAGACUGCGGACACGGCGGUGGCCAACUGGCGCCGUCGCGAGCUUAGUUGCCGAGACGACGGCGAGUUUGAAGUGUACUUUGCACCGUCGCAGCCGCUGGGGUUUCGUCUCACGGAGAGUUUCUUGAUGACGCAGCCGCUGUGUCUGGUGUCCACCACGCGGAGCCAGCUCAUGCCGUUGCUGCGAUGCAUCGUGACCAACGUGAACGACCACGACGUGCUGGGCGCGCCGAGCAACGACGUCAUGCACUUACUGCAUGAUCCGAGCACAUUUCCCAAACGCAUUUGGUUCUGGAAGAUGGCACCGGGUCACGACAAAGCGUACAGCGUUGUGACGGUCGCGACUCCUGCGCUAUUGCUGGCGUCCAUGACCUUGUCUCCCAUCGACUUGAUGUUUGAAGUGCCCGUGGUGCACUCGCUGCUGCCAGCCCCCAACGGCGGCGCCGUCGCUGGUUCGUCCACGUCACGGAUUACGUACAAGCCCCCACCCCUUCACCACCCCGACAACGGCGUACGCAAGGACCAGUAUUUAAUGGCCGUGAAUGGCGUUUCGACACUGAAUGUCCCCCACGACGACAACACGACGACAUUCGUAUCGACCAUCUCGAUGCUCCAUGGGGUACUGGAAGCGUCCGUCCCCCGGCGGUUGCGAUUUCGAGACAUGGAUCUAUACAAACGCGAAUUCCAAGCGCAACGGCCACUGUCUCCGUGGAAACGCAGCGAACUUCAUGAAAGCAAGCCCACGAGUCGUCGUCCAACAGCAGACUGUUUGGAUACAAGCGACGAUGACAGCGAGGUCACGGUCGAAGCAGUGACCACGUCGUUUUCGACGCUCGUGUCAAACAAUGCUGCCGCGAUGAUGGGACAACUGGACGACUCAACGAACGAACGUGUGCGACAGAGUAAGCGCGGCAUGCGACGUGUGGUGCUACCGCCGUCGACGUCCCCCCUCGGUCUGCAGCUCGAGACGGAUUUCUCUUCCAAAUACACUGUGUUUCACCGCUACGUUCGUACCAACACCGUCAAGUCCAACACGAUAUGCAAAGGCGAUCGCGUAUUGUUUGUGAAUGGCGUUCCCGUACGAGAUAUACCCAUUGAAAAGUUGGAGCUUCUUAUGAAAGGCCACGUCGAACCACGGAAAAUUACAGUUGGACGAGUCCUUGACAAGCCAAAACGUGGGUGGUCGUGGAAGGCUCUGGUGACGUGGCGGCAGGACAAGACGCCGUCGCCGCAAAUUCAGCACUGCAAACCCAUGGUUUGA